GUUUUGAUUGGACGAAGCACUUAUACAUUUCUCUUCUCAAUUUUCGAUUUCAUCACAACCAAUUUACCUAGUUAUUGAAGAGAGCGCGCUCGUUUUGGGUUAUAUUCUGAACCGUACAUUUGUUUGGCAUGGAGGUCAUAUCUCUUGACGAGGAGCUUAUUUGCGCCGUCUGCCGUGACAUAUUUGUCGAGCCUGUGACGUUGCCCUGCGGUCAUAAUUAUUGUGAAGGCUGUGUGAAGCAGUUGAAAAGAUCUGCGGUAAAAGUCGAAAACAUCAAUGCCGAGGGUGGAUUCGAGAGACUGUGUAUAUGUUACACCUGUCCUCUUUGCCUUGCACCGUGCGAUUCAAAGUUAAACUUGAAAAACAACGUGGUACUUAACAACAUAAUUGAAAAGUACCACAGUAAACGUGCAAGCGGUGUCGACUGCACUGUUUGCAAAGGUGAUCAGAGGAUGUUCGCAGAAAAGAGUUGUGUCAGCUGCAAAGAGUCAUAUUGCACCGUCCACAUCAUACCACACUUGGAGAACGCUGUACUGCGCCAACACGUUCUGGUGAGUCCGAUGGGCGACACUGGCAGACUCUGCAAAGAGCACGGGAAGGAACAGGAACUUUACUGCGAGACAGACCAGACUCCCCUGUGUGCCUACUGCAUGCUACCUGCCGAGGCCAAGCACCUGGAUGGGCACAAUGUCGUGAAACUGGCAGAUGCGCUGGAUACUUUAAGGGGGAACUGUCACGUCAAACUUCAGGGUAUUAAAGAGAGGCUGGCUGAAGUAAAGAAUGGCCUGGCAAAAAUUGAUGAAGCUGCUUCGCGUUCUAAGGCCAGUCUAGAGAGGCAGCAACGUGAGUGCACAGCCUUCCUGCGCAGAAUCAAACUGUUCCUGGAGUUUGAGGAGCAGGCGUGGCAGAAGAGGUUCUCUGUAGACAUGGUGCAGGAGAGCAGGAAUGGGAAGCAGCGGACAGAGGGGCUGAGGAGGCUGCAGGACAGGCUGACACAGGCACAGGACACCCUGCUGAAGGCUCAGACCAUCAGUGACCCCCUGGUGCUGCUCCAGCUCUUGAAGAAUGAGGAGUGGGCAGACCUGCUUCAAAGGGACAUUUGUUCCCGUCAGAUGCAAAAGCUUAGUAAUUGGAGUGGAACCAAGCUUGUGGCUUCAUCUAGAAUCACUCCCCUAUUCCAGACUCUCCAGAAAACAUUUCAAGGAGAUGUCAUUUUCUUCUCUGAAUUAAGUGCCCACCCUAAACUGAAGUUGGACCCUGACUCUGGCUCUGUGUGGGUGACUGAGGAGGACCAGCGACAUGAGGAACCAUGUUACCUUGAUCGGCCUUACUGUGUGAUGGGAGUCAUUAUCUCCUCCAAGGGUGUGCACAAUUGGGAGGUGGAAGUAGAGGGGCUCUCUUCUUGGGCCGUCGGUGUAGCUUUCCUUGGCCCAUCCCAGAUAGCGGUGACCUGCAAGCUCGGGACUGAUGACCAAUCAUGGAGUCUGAGUUACAGCAAGAGCAAGCAGCAGUUCUCUGCCCAGCAUGACUGGCUGGCAUUUGCGUUCCAUGCACCGGACUCCAACCCACCCAGACGGAUCGGGGUCUUUCUGGAUGUGGACAGUGGAAUCCUGAGCUUCUAUGAUGCAGUGAGGAUGGCGUGUCUCUACACUUUCUACUGUACCCUGGAUCAGGAUUCAGCCAGUCAAACUUACCUCAGACCAGCCUUCUGCCCUAGGCUGAAGGAGGAUGACCAGCCACUGUCGACUAAGCCAAUGAGGGUGCUGCGCCCAGUCUCAAACUUUUAGGCACUACAACCAACACGGUAUCCUUCACACUAAUACUUUCACUAGCAGCUAGCUAGCAUGCUUUUCCUUUUGUUCCAAAUGCUUAGUUUGAAACACUGACCAUUGAAUUGUUUGAAAUGUAAGAAAAUAUGGAGAACCUGUUUUUGUAAAUCCACUCAAACUGUUACACAGUUUAAAAUGACCCUACAGUUUGGCAAAAUCCCAAAAUCGAGUAAAUUGUCGGAGCCUUUGAAUGUCUUGUAAGUGAACUAAUUAGAUAAAUAUAUGCAGUGUGUAUUGUAGAGGUUGACCGAUUUUAAUCGGAAUGGCUUAUUUAAUUAGGUCCUUUUUUUCUCCCCCCAAGUUUUCAUAACAAUCUGUAAUUUUGGACACCUAUUUUGCAGAUUAAAAAAAAAAAAAAAA